AACAGUUGCCCCGGUGAAGGCAAGGCGCCAUAGUCACGGUAGUCCUGGCGACAAGAGCCAAGCAACGGGAGUCAACAAUAACAACAUAAAUAACUAGUGCCUCAAAGCCUUGGUUGCCAUGGCAACUUCAGGAUACUCUGAGGACCUUCAGCCUCAGCAGGCCAACACAGUAACCAUAGCAACACCUGCUUCCACCACGCCCUCAUCUGCAAAGCCAGCACAUUUCCUUUCUGACAUCCCAGCAACCUCAGGAACCAUUUCAUCAGUGAACCAAUCAACCAGCACCUCAAAAACGGGACAGGAUGCACUUUGUUCUCAAGCAACAUCCUCCCAGGCUCAGAGCCAGAAAGCCGUGGUUCUGACCGCUCCCACCCAACACUAUGUAACCCCUGAAGUCCAGUCAUCCGCGGUCCAGAAAAGUAAUGGUCAGAGCACCUCACCCCAGUACAUCAUAGUGACUGUAACAGAUGACUCUGUCCACUCUAAUGACAGUCUGUCAGACUCUAGUCCACCUGCUCCUGGUGUUCCUACUCAGGUGGUCCAGCCACUACAGACCACCGCACAGCAGAGGUCAGUGUUGCAAGCAGCUAAGAGGAUUCAGAGUGGCCACGUCAACAGCCUGCAGUCUGUGCACAUCAACCAGGAGGUGGACCAUGUGUUCUCUGGCCAGGUGCAAUAUGUGGAAGGAGGAGGAGAUGCAACUUAUACCCCAUCCACCAUUCGCUCAAGCACCUACCCCUUCUCAGACUCACCCAUCUACUCCCAGACUCCUCCCACGUCCUCUUCUUAUUACGAUACCACGCCUAAUUCAGAGUCAGACCUCAGCAGCUCUGUGACCUCGCAGUCAGUUUCUGUGGCAACAGCAGGAGCCAAUAACGGGGGAGCAACUGCGGGCGGAGGAGGUUUCGUCAUUCAGGGAGGUUAUGUUUUAGGAGGAGGGGGUGGAGCAGCAGGGGGAGGAGGUACAGGACAGAGUUACUCCAGCCCUAACUCUCGUGCCCCGCCUGCCACUGUACAAUGGUUGUGUGAGAACUACGAGGGGGCAGAGGGGGUGAGUUUACCACGCUGCACUCUCUACUACCACUACCUGCUGCACUGCCAGGAGCAGAAACUAGACCCUGUCAAUGCUGCAUCCUUUGGUAAACUCAUCAGGUCUGUCUUCAUGGGGCUACGUACACGGAGAUUAGGAACCAGAGGGAACUCGAAGUACCACUACUAUGGCCUGAGGAUCAAAUCAGGCUCCCCUCUGCUCAGACUGAUGGAUGAACAACAGCACAUGGCCAUGAGGCAGCAACCUUUCUCACAGAAAAACAGAAUAAAGCCAGUUCAGAAGACACAGGGGAUUGCCAAUGGGACAUCAAGUGGGAUGAGUCAGCAGCAGGCUGCAGCACUCUGUGAUAUUUCAGCACAGGUGCAGCAGUAUCAACAGUUUUUAGAGGCAUCAAGACCACUACCAGACUUUGUGGACCUUGAUGUGCAUGACCAAAUCCUGCCUGAUGGGAUCCUUUUUGAGCACCUUAAGGCCUUUCAGACUCUCUACAGAGAACACUGUGAGGCCAUACUGGAUGUGAUGGUUAACCUUCAGUUUACCCUUGUGGAGACACUGUGGAAAUCCUUUUGGAGGUUCAGCCAGAACAGUGACUCAGAAUCACUCAACCCUCCCAUGUUCUCCCCCAGGCACAAUGAGUCUGAGAAGCGUCUGCCCAAAUCCUGCCUGGUGGUGCUGUGUAAGUUUGAGCCUGUGCUGCAGUGGACAAGAGAGUGUGACAACCUGCUUUACCAGACUCUGGUGGAGAUCCUCAUUCCUGAUGUGCUGAGACCUAUCCCCAGUGCCUUAACUCAGGCCAUACGUAACUUUGCCAAAAGUCUGGAGAGUUGGUUGACAGGUGCCAUGAUGAACAUCCCAGAAGAAAUGGUUCGCAUAAAGGUGGUGUGUGUGAGCUCUUUCUCUCAGACGCUGCGCCGCUACACCAGCCUAAACCAUCUGGCCCAAGCAGCACGUGCCGUCCUCCAGAACUCAGCCCAGAUCAACCAGAUGCUUUCAGACCUGAACAGAGUCGAUUUCACUAACGUACAGGAGCAGGCCUCCUGGGUGUGUCAGUGUGAAAACCAUGUUGUACAGAGGAUAGAGACGGACUUUAAAGCCACUCUGCAGCAGCAAAAUUCCCUGGAGCAGUGGGCCACCUGGUUGGAUGGUGUCGUCUCUAAGGCCCUUAAGCCAUACGAGCACAACGCUGUCGCUCUACCAAGGGCUGCCAAGAUCUUCUUGCUCAAUUGGUCCUUUUAUAGCUCUAUGGUAAUCAGAGACUUGACUCUGCGCAGUGCUGCCAGUUUUGGCUCCUUUCACCUGAUCCGCCUGCUGUAUGAUGAGUACAUGUACUACCUGAUAGAACACAGGGUGGCCCAGGCCAAAGGAGUGACUCCAAUUGCUGUCAUGGGAGAAUUUGCAAGCACAGCCAAGAGCAGAAACUCUGCAGACCUAGAGAAAGAAGAAGAGGAGGAAGAUGAUGAAGAGGAGAGCGAGGAUGAGACAGGAGAUUUGGUGCUUCAGUCCAGCUCUCUGGGUGCAGUCGAUGAGGAGAAGGAUUCGAUGGAGCCGCCCGCUAAGCAGCCCAGGACAAGUUUGAACCUGCACACUCUGGCAGAGAGUACAUCACCUUAAAUACAGAUUUAUAAUCUCGACACACACUUUACAAACACUUGUGCUUUAGGUUCAGCAUCAUGCCAUCUCAUCCUGUCAGCCUGUGUACACUUCUCGUUUGCCAGCUGAUGAUGUUUUGUGGGUGUGGUCAUGUGAUGUGUGUAAACGUGAGGAAGUGGGAGAGCCCCUUUGCCAACUGUUUUCAGUGCUGCCAUUUUUUCUCCUUUCUGCCUUCACUUGACAAGUCACAGACUUCCAUGUCAUGUUCUCUGUGCCUUCCCAUCCAUCCAGCGGUAGUACCCACUUCUGUCCAGCCUCAGCUUUAUUGUACAGACCUAUAUUCGCCAAUUCCCCUCCUGCCCCGCCUUAAUCACUGCCCUGAGUGCUGUUGAGAGAUGUUCUCCAUUUGGCCCUUACUGUCACUCACCUUGCCUUAGCAAUGACUAUGCAAGGGAGCUGGAAUUUAGGGAAUGGCACUACUUUACAUUUUUAAACCUCAGAGUAACAUCUGGAAUGAUACUGCACCAUGCCAUUGGUAUGUGGAUGUUAAAUGACAGGAAUUUGCCAUAUUUUUAUUUUGUACUUAUUUUGUUUCUUAAACAUGUGGCCAUUUGACUGAUAACCCUGUGCCUUUGAGAGAUUUCUAGCCUAAACUGUAUUCUACAAAUUCUGUAUUGGUGGAUUAAUAAAUAAUGAUCCUGUGAAGUAGUCCAUGUUGUCAUAACAUUUUACUCACCAUAAAAAAAAAAACGGAGAUGGUGACUGUCAAGCUUUGUUGAGCUUCUGCCUGGGUUCUCAUCCGUCCCUGCCUUUUUUAUCUUUUUAUCACCCAUGCAUUCAUUCAAGCCCUGAUCUCUGAUUUUGAAAAACAUAGCUUAGGCGUUAUCCCAUCACACACUUUCAGAGAUGCAGGUAAAGCUGUUCCCACCCAAUCAGCAGCACUUAAUUCACUGCAUCCAUGUCAACCCUUGGUAAUCUAGAACUACCAGCUGAAGCUCUCUAAGCUUUUGUAGUGCAGAAGUAGAUAUUUAUUUUCUGGAUAUCAAUGUUGAAUAUUUUGUCGAUAAUUCUAUAUUAUGUACCUUUUGUCAACCUUUUGCAUAUCCAAAGUAUUUGUAAUUUGUUGAACCAUUAUUGCCUUAACAAACAUGUCAUUCUGUGUCCCAAAACCGGGUUAUUCAGCUAUAUUUCUGUUGUGAUGAUUACAAUGGACCAAGUCUGUGGAUAUGGUGGCUUUCAUUAUGGCAUGAACAGAUGUUGAUUUUAUGCAGUGUAUGAAAAAGAUUUUAACUGGGUUGACCUGCUCUGACUACCCAGGUCCCACCAAAGAGCACUAACUUAAAAAAAAAAUGUAUUAGUUAUGGAAAGGGGGAAAAACUCAGACUUAAAAAUUAAACCCUCCGCUAACGAUGUCGCUGGGCUAAAAUUUGUGGCAUGGAUUCUGUCCUUGGAUUGUGCUGCUGAACCUUUUUAUAAACAAGUUCCUCCGUGUUAUGAAGAUCUUUGUACUUUAUAAUGUGAUCCACGUUUGUAGCUUUAUUCUCUGUUCACUAAAAGGAUGUGA